AUGGCGUCUUUAAAACGACGCCUAUACGAGGUGCUCAGCCUCACCGUCAACGCCUCGCCGGAAGAAAUUCGCUCCGCUUACAAGAAACUAGCCCUCCAACGUCACCCAGGCAAACUCCUCCAAUCCGGCUUAACUCAUGACCAAGCCACCGCUGAGUUCCAAGAACUCAACGACGCCUACGGUGUUCUCUCUGACCAGAAACAGCGCGCCUGGUAUGAUUCUCACCGCCCCCGCCUUUCUGCCUUUUUCGGAUAUUCGGAUUCUGGUAACCGAUUUUACAAAGACUCUUAUUUUGUUGACAAGAUUCCCGUGCUUUUCUUCAAUUUCUCUAGUAGCCCCGCGUUUCUGGCCUUUUCUGGAUAUUCGGAUUCUGGUAACCGAUUUUACAAAGGCUCUUAUUUUGUUGACAAGAUUCAGAAGUAUGAACUCGAUUUCGUUCAGUACUGUGGUGGACUUCCUUUGGAGAGGGAGGAGUUGAAACGAGCGUAUAAUGACAGGAUGAGAAAAUUGGCGAAGUUAGUGAGAAAGAAAGAUAAAAGAGUGAUUGACUGGCUGCGGAUGGUAAAUGAGCAUAGGAAGAAGAUUGAGUUUUGGAGAUCGAGAAGUAUUUCUGUGAGAUAUGUGGAGAAAAAUUUCAGAGGGAGAAGCGUGAGCAAUGGGUGA